AGUCCCCUGUGGUACCCUUGCAAAAAGAGCAAGCUCUGCUAUAGGAAGUGGAAGAGCUGCAGUUUUCUAGCACUGCUGGGUCUUGGGUCUCCACCAUCACCAUCUAAUAAUUUUUCUUUGUAUAAACUGUCCUUGGCUCACUUGCAAAGACAACUGUGCACUUUGACUUGCUUUUUUCUUACUACUGUAAACUAUGCUGGAUAUUUGUGGCAAACCUAUCUAACUUUUUUAAUCCUUUUCUUUCUUUUUUCUACAGCAUUGUCCAAGAUAUAACAGUUGGUACAAAGCGGGGAUCUGACGAGCUUUUCUCUACUUGUGUUACUAACGGACCCUUUAUCAUGAGCAGCAACUCUUCUUCUGCAGCUAAUGGAAACGACAGCAAAAAAUUCAAAGGUGAUAGUAGAAGUGCUGGGGUCCCAUCCCGAGUAAUCCACGUCCGUAAACUACCCAGUGACGUCACGGAGGCAGAGGUCAUUUCUUUGGGCUUACCUUUUGGCAAGGUCACCAAUCUUCUAAUGUUGAAAGGAAAAAAUCAGGCUUUCAUAGAAAUGAAUACGGAGGAGGCAGCCAACACCAUGGUAAACUACUACACCACAGUCACUCCAGUCCUUCGAAGCCAGCCCAUCUAUAUUCAGUUCUCCAACCACAAGGAGCUUAAGACGGACAACUCUCCAAACCAAGCACGUGCCCAAGCAGCUCUGCAAGCAGUGAAUUCUGUUCAGUCUGGAAACCUAGCGCUGUCAGCCUCUGCUGCAGCAGUAGAUGCAGGAAUGGCGAUGGCUGGCCAGAGCCCUGUCCUGAGGAUCAUUGUUGAGAAUCUCUUCUAUCCUGUCACUCUAGAUGUUCUCCAUCAGAUUUUUUCCAAAUUUGGUACAGUCUUGAAAAUAAUUACAUUCACGAAGAACAACCAAUUUCAGGCCCUGUUACAGUAUGCUGACCCAGUGAGUGCUCAGCAUGCCAAACUGUCUUUAGACGGACAGAAUAUCUACAAUGCCUGUUGUACGCUGCGCAUAGAUUUCUCAAAGCUCACAAGUCUCAAUGUAAAAUACAAUAACGAUAAGAGCAGAGAUUAUACACGACCAGACCUACCUUCUGGGGAUAACCAGCCCUCUCUUGAUCAGACCAUGGCAGCUGCUUUUGGUGCCCCAGGAAUAAUUUCUGCUUCUCCAUAUGCGGGAGCUGGCUUUCCUCCUACCUUUGCAAUUCCUCAGGCUGCAGGCCUGUCAGUUCCAAAUGUUCAUGGAGCACUAGCUCCUUUGGCUAUCCCAUCAGCAGCAGCUGCAGCGGCUGCAGCAGGACGGAUUGCCAUUCCCGGCCUCACUGGGGCAGGGAACUCUGUUCUGCUGGUUAGCAAUCUGAAUCCUGAGAGAGUUACACCCCAAUGCCUCUUUAUUCUUUUCGGAGUCUAUGGUGAUGUGCAAAGGGUGAAGAUUUUAUUUAAUAAGAAAGAGAAUGCCCUAGUUCAGAUGGCUGAUGGAAACCAGGCCCAGCUUGCCAUGAGCCAUUUAAAUGGUCAGAAGCUUCACGGGAAGCCAAUCCGUAUAACAUUGUCCAAGCAUCAGACAGUACAACUUCCCCGCGAGGGACAGGAAGACCAAGGUCUGACUAAGGACUAUGGAAAUUCUCCUCUACAUCGUUUCAAGAAACCAGGCUCCAAAAAUUUCCAAAACAUCUUUCCCCCUUCUGCCACUCUUCAUUUGUCCAAUAUUCCACCUUCAAUAACUGAAGAAGACCUUAAGAUGUUAUUUUCAGGCAAUGGUGGGAUGGUCAAAGGAUUCAAAUUCUUCCAGAAGGACCGCAAAAUGGCUCUGAUCCAGAUGGGCUCUGUGGAAGAAGCCAUUCAAUCACUCAUUGACCUCCAUAAUCAUGACCUGGGUGAGAAUCAUCACCUGCGCGUGUCCUUCUCGAAGUCCACCAUUUAAAGCUUUGGAAGGCGUGAGACAAAAUGGACUUGACUUAAAACCUCUUGGGUUCAGCCUUGACCUUAAAAGGCUGAACACUAGGGUUUCAACUUCCAUCAUUCCAGAAAAAAA